AUGGUAACUCAUCUUAGCAGGCUCGUGGCCAACGUCGGCGGUCCCAAGUCCAACAGGAGAAGACUGUUAAUAUCGACAGUCCAGUCCAUGCUCCUUUACUGGGCUGAGGUGUGGGCAGACGCACUAAAUAUUGCAUUUUAUCGGAUACGGAUCGCCCGGGUACAGCGUCAAGUGGCGCUCCGAGUGUGUACCGCCUACCGUACAGUGUCUGAGCCUGCCGUCUUGGUUGUUGCUGGAGUCAUCCCUGUCAAUCUUUCGGCAGGGGAGAGGAAGGCAAUUUAUCAGCGACAAGGCGAAAUCGGCAAGGACACUGCAAGGACUGAGGGGCGCUCUCGUACGUACCAGCAAUGGCAAAACAGCUGGCAACAAGUCACCCGUGGACGUUAG